ACACAAAAAACCACGUUUCUCUUCCCCUCCUUUUCCCCACUACAUUCACAUAUAUAAAUUCAUACAUUACCCUUCCUCUUCAACCCAUUCCUUUGUGACUCAAUCUUUAUAUCUCUCUCUCUCACUCACUAUCUCUCCCUAAAAAAAAUCUCUCUAGCUACCUCUUUCUCUCCUUCUAAUAAAAAUUCCAAUUACCAAGUAAAAACUAUUAGAAAAUGGAAAACAACAUACCAAUAAUAACAAAGAGAAUGUGGAGCAUGAUACGUGUGGCCUUAUUCAUGUUAAGAAAAGGCAUAUCAAAGGGAAAACUAAUGAUGGAUCUCAACAUGAUGCUCAAACGCCGUAGCAAACUCGCCGGAAAAGCCAUCACCAACCUCAUGUUCCCUCACCACCACGGUGGCUCCACCUCAAGCCGCCGCAACAACGACACAACCCAAAAAUUCUCUACCACAAGGGAGUAUGAGUUUAGCUGUAGCAACACACCAAAUUACAUAUUUGCCCUUAACAACAACAAGCGAAACCGCCACAACAACUUUUUCGCGUGUGCUCAUGCACCUCACACACUCGAAGAAGAAACUGUGGCGGUUAAUGUUGUUAAGGUUGUGUUGGAAAACAUGGUAAAUAACCGCGAAGUGAUGGUGGAGGCUUCCCCGGCACUGCCGGGGUUCGGCCGGACUCCUAAUGUGAGGCAAUUGAGGGUGACGGACUCGCCGUUCCCGUUGCACGACACCGACACGGAGGCCGAGGUGGACAAGGCGGCGGAAGCGUUCAUAAAGAGAUUCUACACACAAUUGAGGAAGCAAGAUUAAUAUAGUCUUGUUUCUUAACAUUUAAUUAAUGUUAAUUGCUAUGAUUGUGUACGUCAAGCCAAUUAGUAGUUUUGGAUAAUCUCAGUUUUGUGUCUUUGUGGAAGCUUAGGAGAGGAUGCAUGUUAAUUAUGUUGAGGACUUAAUUUUGUACUAUGCUUAAUUUGUUGGCUUGUUUCUUAUAUAUAUUAAAAAAUAAAAAUAAAGUAUUAUUACAAUUAAGUGUGAUUAACUUGA